UCUUGCGGCUUAAGUGCUCGAACAAGCGAAGCGGUGUCCGGCUCCCCCGUGGCCAGGUGCCGGGAAACGCGGAGCACGGCGACCCAGAUAGUGAAACAUGCCUAAAAAAAAGACUGGUGCUCGUAAGAAAGCUGAGAACCGUCGGGAACGUGAGAAGCAGAUAAGGGCUUCACGAGACAACAUAGACUUGGCCAAACAUCCUUGUAAUGCUUCAAUGGAAUGUGAUAAGUGCCAAAGACGACAGAAGAAUAGAGCUUUUUGUUACUUCUGUAAUUCUGUUCAGAAAUUGCCCAUUUGUGCACAAUGUGGAAAAACCAAAUGCAUGAUGAAGUCUUCAGACUGUGUUAUAAAACAUGCUGGUGUGUACAGUACUGGACUAGCUAUGGUGGGUGCAAUCUGUGAUUUCUGUGAAGCCUGGGUGUGUCAUGGGAGGAAGUGUCUCAGCACCCAUGCAUGUAUGUGCCCUCUGGCAGAUGCAGAAUGCAUUGAGUGUGAAAGAAGUGUCUGGGACCAUGGAGGCAGAAUAUUUGCCUGUUCUUUUUGCCAUGAUUUCCUCUGUGAAGAUGAUCAGUUUGAACAUCAAGCCAGCUGCCAAGUUCUGGAAGCAGAGACAUUUAAAUGUGUCUCCUGUAACAGGCUGGGACAGCAUUCCUGCCUGCGUUGUAAGGCUUGUUUUUGCGACGAUCAUGUGCGAAGUAAAGUUUUCAAGCAGGAAAAAGGGAAAAAGCCUCCUUGCCCUAAAUGUGGCCAUGAAACUCAGCAGACAAAGGAUCUGAGCAUGUCAACACGCUCUUUGAAGUUUGGCCGACAGACUGGAGGAGAAGAUGCAGAUGGAGCUUCUGGUUAUGAUGCCUACUGGAAAAACCUUUCCUCCAGCAAGACUGGGGAUGCAGGCGACCGUGAGGAUGAAUAUGAGUAUGAAGCAGAAGAUGAUGAUGAAGAUGACAAUGAUGAGCGAGGGAAGGAUUCAGAUUCUGAGGCCACAGAUGUAUUCAGCAAUUUGAAUUUAGGAAGGACCUAUGCUAGUGGGUAUGCACAUUAUGAGGAAUCAGACGAUUAAGCUUAGUAUGCUGGUAAACUAAAAACAUUUUGAAGGAGUCAAGCAAUGCUUCACUGAAUUGUGUACAUGCCAGUAGGAUAGCUCUAUCAGGUACUUACACAUCACAGUUAGAGAAUAAAGAGUGUGGGACUUCUGCAGUAAGUUCGAUGGACAUUUUUCCUGUAGAUGAACUGAUGUUGGGUUUGGGAAUGGGGGAGAAAAUCAGGGUAAUUUUAUUUCCCUAAACAACAGAAUAGUUUUGUCCUUGGGUAUAAUGGUUCAAUGCCAUUUUCUCCUAUCAACACAGGAAUGUGGGACAGCUGUAGAACUUGCUUCCAUUUGCCCAUCAGAAAUUAAGUUAUUUUUUACAAUAAUUUUGUUAACUGAUUUCAUACACUAAUGCAGUGGUGGGUUGGUGACUGCAUUUUCUUUGGUCUGCACAAUAAAAGUCAACUGUAUUCUCUAAUGAACUGUCAUAAAUAUUGAUCUCCCUUGAAUAGUUGGAAAGCAGGUUGUAUACAAAGUGUAAAUUGACACUGAAAUUACUUCCUUGUUUAUGUCAGUAUGGCAGAUCAAUGUAGUUCCCUGUGUAUUUGCAUAUCAUCUUUUCGGUUUUUCUUAUUAGCUAUUAAUUGCUUGGGCUAUAUAUAGUCAUUAUAUGAGCACUCCAGAUAAUCAAAACUUUUAUGGAAAUAAAAUGUUAGUAUCCUCUCUGCCACAAAAAUCUGUAAGGCAAUUUCCCAUUAGAUGAAAGGGAGACUGGUUUCAUCUGUACCUAGCCUUCUCUUUUCCUUGCAUAUGAUAAGAAAAAAAAAUACUAGAUAGGAGGCAACGCCAUAUAUGAGCUGAGAAGGUGAGAAAACAUGGGGGGUUCAAAAUGCUGGGUUCAAAUACUGUUCUGUGCAAGCCUGCCAGUACAAGGCAAUUGAUCAGCACUUCUGAGCUGUGACACCUGCAGAAGUGUUUGCAGUGGUUCUAGUUUGAAAGUAAACAUGUUAAUUGCCCAUCUACAGAUCUAAGUGAUGGCAUUUAUUUUCUCUAUGUAGGGGAAUGUUUUACAGCAGACAGGUCAUGAUACAAGGGCAACCACCGAGAGUGUUGCUUCAGCUUUCUAAGUGCCAUGCUUUAAUGCAAGAGAGCCCUUUUUGUUAUCUGUCAAAUACCUGAACUGAUUAUAUCAUUACCUGCUUUUGUGGUGUUUCCCUACUUUUUCGUAACAGCUAAAGGUCAUGUGUUGUUGGCAGAGCAUACCCUAUUGAGAGUAAUUUUUAAUGAUGUUAGGAUUGCCAAAUGAACAUUUCGUAGCAAAACAGGA